UAGUUAGGUUAGGUGUCAACUGUCAAAAAACGAAAAAAGUUAAAUAGACUAGAAAUAAGUAAUCCGUUUUUUAUUAAUGGUUAACAACGGAAAGAUAUUUCAAAUUAACAAUACAACCCAAGAUAAUUGUGUGGUUUAGGAAUAUAACAGUUUCCCAAAGUUAACUAAUUAGUUAUAUUUGCUAUUUAAAAUCAUUCGAAAUGAUGUUAGAAAUUGAUAACUGGAUAGAGAUCGCUAAACAAUGUAAAUAUUUACCAGAAAACGACUUAAAAAAGUUGUGUGAUAUAGUUAGUGAAAUUUUAUUAGAAGAAUCGAAUGUACAGCCGGUUUCGACACCUGUAACAGUUUGUGGUGACAUUCAUGGUCAGUUUUACGAUUUGGAAGAAUUAUUUCGUCGGGGUGGCCAAGUUCCAGACACAAAUUACAUAUUUCUCGGCGAUUUCGUGGAUAGAGGAUAUUAUAGUUUAGAAACUUUUACAAGAUUGUUGACAUUAAAGGCGAAAUAUCCUGAUAAGAUUACUUUGCUUAGAGGAAACCAUGAAAGUCGACAAAUCACUCAGGUGUACGGGUUUUAUGAUGAAUGUUUGACAAAGUAUGGCAAUAUUAAUGCGUGGAAGUAUUGUUGCAAUGUAUUUGAUCUGUUAACUGUGGCAGCGUUGAUAGACGAGAAAAUUUUAUGUGUUCAUGGUGGUCUAAGCCCUCGCAUUACUACAGUGGACCAAAUUAGAUGCUUAGAACGAAAUCAAGAAAUUCCACAUACAGGACCUUUCUGUGAUUUGGUGUGGUCAGAUCCGGAAGAUAUUGCAACAUGGGCAAAUAGUCCUCGAGGGGCUGGUUACUUAUUUGGUGCACAUGCAACAUACGACUUUAUGCAGAUUAACUCAUUGAGUUUAAUAUGUCGAGCUCAUCAGUUAGUGCAUGAAGGAUAUAAAUACAUGUUUAAAAAAAAAUUGGUUACCAUAUGGUCAGCUCCCAAUUAUUGUUAUCGCUGCGGUAAUGUUGCAAGUAUUAUUGAUUUUCAAACACCCGAGGUGUCUGAACCCAAAAUAUUUCAUGCAGUGCCAGACUCCGAAAGAGUUAUACCAAGUCGUAAUGUAACUCCUUAUUUUCUAUAGUUCAUUCUCAUUGCAAAUGUAAACAACAUUUUAAAAAAUAAAUACUGCUAUUGUGUAAAA